AUGAGUACCAAAGCGAUUAUAGCUAUUCCGAAAAUGAAUGAUACGGAAUUCCUAGCUUAUUUACUUAGUAAUAAAGAUUCGACUAGUGGUGUUGCACUUCGUGUUGAGAAUAGUAUUUUCGAUACUCUGCGUGAUGACCAAUUAAAACAGCAGACAGAAAUUGACAAAGAAUGGGAAAUAUUAAUGGUAUCUGGUACAAUUGUUAUUGGGUACAUGAGCAAUCUUAUGAUUAUUGCUAGCAAACGUGAUUUUUCUUUACAAGUUCCAUUAGGCUAUGUCUAUCGUUAUAUUAUAUACCCAAAUUCUUUUCAAGCAACUCUUAUUCAAGCAUCAAAUGAUAUGUACAAAGCAUUAAUGGGUGCUCACUUCGCCAUGGAUAGUAUUCAAUCCGCCAUGCGACAAGUACCGUCAUCUGUGAAAACAGCAAUGAAAUUGAUUACAUCGGCAUCCCCUGCUAUACUCAAAGCGAUGUUACCACGAGUUUUUGAUAGUAUCGGACGUUUAGCAACUGAAAGCGCCAAUCAAGCCAAUUCGACUUUGCAACGUUUCAAUUUACUACAAGAAUUACUUGUUGAAAUUAUUCAAUUGAGUGAACAUACGCAAGGAGCUAAUGAAGUCGCUAUUUAUAACAUGGAAGCUAAGAAAAAUCAAUCGAUACUUGAUCAAGAAUGUCUUCAAAAUAAUCUCAAUUCUAUUCAGAAUCAAUACAAUACAUCUAAAGCAGCUUUGGAAAAUGUCAGAAAAAAAUAUGUCGAAGCCGUACAACUUGUUACAGAUUCAUCAAUGCCUACAAUCCUUGGUGGUCAAUCAGAUCUUCUCACAUAUAUCAUUACGAUCGCCAUCGGUGUUGUAUUCAAUCCAGUCGAUACUAUCGGCUGUAUUUUAGGUAGCUGUAACAAUUCGGAGCCAAUUUUAGACACUGGCAAAUUUGAGAAUGCCAUGAAAAUUGCUGAACAAGCUCGACAUGAUCUAGAAAAAGCAGAACAACUUCACAAUGAACAUUUUCAACAACAGUUAGCCGAACAGAAUGAAUUAGUGAAGGCCGUGGGACAAAUGGCUAUGCUCGAUUUGAGUAUCUUCAGUAAAGAAGAAGUCGUUCGGCUUCUACUCAAAGUAAUGCAACAAAUCAGUUUGUUCAAAGAACAAUGGAGUCGUAUGAUUCGAUUCUUCUCGAAAUUAGCUGCUCAAGUUCAAAGUACUCAACAGAUCAUUAUCAAAGAUUUUCUGAAAGUCAUUGAAACAGCCGAAACCAAUAACUUAUCGAUCAAUGCGAUUGAUCGAAAAUUCUUCACUGAAAUAUUGAUACGGGCCACAACAACGAUUGAAACUGGUGCUCAUUUAUUAUUCACUAUGGCCAAAACCUACCAUGCAGUUUCUAGUGAACAUAUGAUUAAUCAAAUAGCAGGCAUUAGUCAAUUGUUAACUUUACAAACAGAUGAAGCACGCAUAGCCCAUAUACAACAAGCAUCCAAUGAGACCAUCACUACAUUAUUGAUGAUCAUACAAAUGGCACAAGAACGACAUAGUAUUUAUCUUCAAAAGACACGUACUCGACAGGCAGAAUAUACUGCUUAUAUGACUAAUCUAGCCGCUUCGGAACUAUCACAAUCAAUAGGUUAA